AUGAAUCUGUUUUCCUCCUUCAUCCUGCGUGCUGUCUCCAUCCUGAUUAAAGAUGUCCUGCUAGACUCCCUGUCCGUCCCCCUGGCCCCCGGGGCUGACACCCACCAUCAGACGGUUGCCGGGUGCCGUAUCGCCAUGGUGAUGAUGCAGUACAGCGUCAUCGCCAACAACUAUUGGCUGCUGGUGGAAGGCAUCUACCUGCACAGCCUCCUGGUCGUCACUGUGUUCACUGAGAGGAACUACUUCGGCAUCUACCUGUUUAUCGGCUGGGGUGCUCCUCUGAUAUUCGUGUUGCCGUGGGUGAUAGUCAAAUACCUGUACGAGAAUGAAGAGUGCUGGGAGAGGAACAUCAACAUGGGUUACUGGUGGAUUAUACGUCUCCCUAUCCUGUUAGCUUACCUGAUGAAUUUCUUUAUCUUCAUCCGGAUUAUAAAGAUCCUGAUGUCGAAGCUCAAGGCCCAUCAGAUGAGAUACACAGAUUACAAGUUCAGGCUGGCUAAAUCCACUCUGACCCUCAUCCCUCUGCUGGGUAUUCACGCCAUCCUCUUCACCUUAGUCAUCGAUGAGUCCGUCCCCAAAGGUUCCAAGAUGCGUCUCAUCCGCCUCUUCUACGACCUCCUCUUCAACUCCUUCCAGGGCCUACUGGUGGCCAUCUUGUAUUGUUUCGUCAACAAAGAGGUCCAGUCUGAGAUGUUGAAAAAGUGGAAGAGGUGGAAGCUGGGUAAAGACAUCGAGGAAGAGUACCGUCAUACAUACAGCCACGCGCCUCAUGUCAAAAGCGGCAGCAUCGUCACCGGCAACCUGGCCAGUGUCCAAGACAACAGCAGCGACCAUAAAGACUCACAGUUGACCCCCAACCCCGACUACGACCCAGAUCCUAACCCUGCCUCAACCUCCAUCACCCCCAAUGAGAGCAGUAGAUUGGUGGGGUCCUGCCACCACAGGACGGAUAAAACAAAGACUCAAUCCUCCCUGCAGUGUCCCUCCACACCACAUGGUGGCACUAACAAUUGCAGCACUCUGAUGGAGGACAUUUGUCUGGAGGAGAGGGCUCAGAGUUAUACAUGCCCAGAGGAGGGUGCCGAAAGCAACUUCUGACCAACGGGGAAGACCAUUUUAUUUUAUUUAUUUUACCUUUAUUUUACUAGGCAAGUCAGUUAAGAACAAAUUCUUAUUUUCAAUGACGGCCUAGGAACAGUGGGUUAACUGCCUGUUCAGGGGCAGAACGACAGAUUUGUACCUUGUCAGUUCGGGGGUUCGAACUUGCAACCUUUCGGUUACUAGUCCAACGCUCUAACCACUAGGCUACCCUGCCGCGCCAUCCCUGGCCUAUGGAUAAAUUGAUUGGUUGAUUGAUAGAUAGAUUGAUUGGUUGAUUGAUAGAUUGAUUGGUUGAUUUAUAGAUUGCUAAAGUGUUCUGGUGUAGAAAGAGACAACACACCUACUGGAGGGGACCGAUUGGUUGAUUGCUUGAUUGAUUGAUUGAUUGAUUGGUUGGUUGAUUGAUUGAUUGGUUGAUUACAGGUCCAGAAGACUUGAUGGUCUGAAA